GGGAGGGAGGGAGGGAGGGGGCAAGGCAGAGGGAGUGCUUGUGGGGAAGAGGAACAGAAGACUUGUCGGACUUGGGAGUGGGAAAGCCAAUAUAAGGCAAGUAACGAGGUGAGUCUGCCGCCGCCGGCAGCAGCAGCAUGGCGGAACGGGGGUUGCCCAGAACGGUCGGUUGUGGUGGGGGGAGAAAGAGAGAACCAGCCCGGGUUUGGUGCGCUUCGCCCCCUUUGAAUCUCGUCUUAAGUUCUGGAAGGGCCCGACCGGCCUCGUCCCCACGUGGCUUGAGAGCGGCGUGGCGGGCGGACUGGCUGGUGUCUGAACGUUCUACGGAUGGAACGCGAAGUUUCAGGCUCGCGUUCCAAAGCCGGGUGGCGAGGGCGCGCGCUCCCUCCUGGGAGAAGGUUUCCUGGGAGAAGGAGAAAGUCGGAGGUUCUCUCUCCCUCCCUCUCUCCUCGGGCGGCUUGCAACAGCGGGAAAGGAAGGGAGCGUCAGCGCGGGAAAUUCAAAUCCAGGCAGCUUCCUUGAGAGUUGCGGGAAAGGGAAAUAGAGUGGUACCUCGGGUUAAGUACUUAAUUCGUUCCGGAGGUCCGUUCUUAACCUGAAACUGUUCUUAACGUGAAGCACCACUUUAGCUAAUGGGGGCCUCCUGCUGCUGCCGCGCCGCCGGAGCACGAUUUCUGUACUCAUCCUGAAGCAAAGUUCUUAACCUGAAGCACUAUUUCUGGGUUAGCGGAGUCUGUAAUCUGAAGCGUAUGUAAACCGAGGUACUGCUGUAGAAGGGGAGUUGGCGUGGGGAAGGGGUGGGGGUACGGCGGUAGAACAUGAUAGAGGAGCGUAAAAUGACCCGCGGGUGGAGAAAGCGGGCAGAGGUGUUUUUCUCCCUGGUAGCACUGGGACCAGAGGCCAUCCCAUAAAGGGGAAGGUGGGUGCGUGGGUGGGAGAUUCGGGACAGCUGGAUUUCUUGCACUGGCAUCUGGUGGUGGAACUGAGUAGUUGAAUCUGGCCUGAAGGCUCUUUCUUCACGUGUCAUGUAUCAGUCAGAAUAGAUAAUACUCAGACUGCAUUCACCCAGUUCCCAGGUGCAUUUUACUUUUCCUUCUCGAAUAUACCUUACAGUUCUUUCUUUUUUGACCAAGUAAGUCCAGGGAGCCUUCUCACAAACACGACCUAACAUUGUUUCAACAACAGGACGCUUCACAGAUACAUUUUAGUAGUUGCAAUAUAAUGAUAAUGUUUUAAAUUUAUUUUCUAGUUUAUAAACCACUUUUUCUUCUGUCUUUCUUUUUUAAAAAGUGUAUAAGGGUGUUGGGUGUUCAAAGCACUUCACUUCUGCUUUCUCUGUAAUCCUCUCAUCAACCCUGUUAGGUAGGCCAGUAUUGAUUUCCCUGUUUUGUAGUCCAGGGAUCUGUGGCUGAGAGGGAUUAGCGAGGUAUCUGGGUCUCUUUGGUUGCUGCAGAGAGAGAAAAAAUGAACUCUCUCUCUCUCUCUCUCUCUCUCUCUGUGUGUGUGUCUUUUCUGAUCUGGAGCUUGGCUUCUUAGCUGCCUUUUGACUUUCAGCACAACUGGUUUAUUUUGCAGUCAGGGCUCAUCUUUGUUUCCAGACAGCCUCUCAUGCCCUCAGCUGUGCAACAGGUGGAACUAUUGAACAGGUGUGGUGUUCACUGGCAGAGAAGUGGAAUGCAGUUGUGCAAGGUCCCUUCAGACUCUACAUUUCUGUGAUUCUAAUUGCUGUGUGAGCAUCUACUGCAGGGUUGUUGUUGUGUUUGUUGUUUUUUUUUUUUAAAAUAUAUACAUAGUUAGUGACAAGCCACCCAGCUGUCCUCUGCAUGCCCCUUGAUAUUCCCUUCGCAGAACUACCGUUCUCAAGAGUUCACCGGGAAGAGGGAUUUAUUGUUAAACCACUCUAAGAAUUGUAGGUCUGUAUAUAUGUGGUGGGUGAUGUGAGCCACAGAGAAGGUUGGUGGUUUGAAUCCCUACGAUGGGGUGAGCUCCCGUUGCUCAGUCCCUGCUCCUGCCAACCUAGCAGUUCGAAAGCACAUCAAAGUGCAAGUAGAUAAAUAGGUACCACUCCGGCGGGAAGGUAAACGGCGUUUCCGUGUGCUGCUCUGGUUUCGCCAGAAGCUGCUUGGUCAUGCUGGCCACAUGACCUGGAAAAACUGUCUGCGAACAAACGUCGGCUCCCUCAGCCAGUAAAGCGAGAUGAGCGCCGCAACCCCAGAGUCGUUUGUGACUGGACUUAACUGUCAGGGGUCCUUUACCUUUUUAUGUGUGUGUUUGUAUGUCCUAACAACUCUCAGCACCCAUAACAGACUGCAGUUCCCAGGAUUCUUUGGGGGGGAAACCGUGACUGUUUAAAGUGGUAUGAUACUGCUUUAAAUGUUUAGUGCAGAUGGACAAUUAGAUCUGGUACAAGACAGCUUCCAGUCCAUAGCAAUUGUCAUGGAUGUUUUAGCUGAGAUUCCUGCAUUGCAGGAGGUUGGACUAGAUGACCCUCAGGGUCCGUUCCAGCUCUACAAUUCUAUGAUGAGUAAGUGCCCAGCUUUUGUUCUCAUGUUCUGCUUAUAGGCUUUCCAUUGGCAUCUGGUUGGCCCCUUAGGGCAGCCUUUCUCAACCUGUGGGUCCCCAGAUGUUGUUGAACUACAACUCCCAUCACCCCUAGCUAGCAAGGCCAGAGCUCAGGGAUGAUGGGAGUUGUAGUCCAACAACAUCUGGGGACCCACAGGUUGAGAACUGCUGCCUUAGGGGAACAGGAGGUUGGAAUACAUAGGCCUUUGAUCUAUCACAGGGGGGUCUUACUAUGGUCAGUUAAGAAUCAUAGCUCAGUAGUAAUGUACAUGCUUUGUAUGUUAAAGAUCCCAUAUUCAGUCCUUGGUAUCAAUAGUUAGAAGGACCAGGCAGUACUAAAUGAUGGAAAAUACAACUUGAGACCCUGGAAAGCUGCUGCCAGUCAAAGUCUUUAUGCCUAGUCUCACUAGCUGUGUCUAUUCCUAUUGUUCUUGUUGUUAUUACUUUUUCUAUUCUGAUUAACAGCAUCAGGGUGCCCUGGAGAAUGGGCUAGCUUUUUGAGAUCUUUCCCCCAUUCUUUGAAGACUGUACACGCUUCCUCACGUGUGUAGAAAGACACAAAAUUACACCCCAAAAGGCUAAAAAGGCAGCAGGGUAUAGUCCUGUCUCAAUGGAACCUUCCAGCUAUUCUCUUUAUAUGGGAUAUUGCACUGGGAAGGGAUUUAGAAGGCGCAUCAUACCAGGGAAAUACAAUCACAAUACUGUACAGAUGCAAACUGAUUUAUUAGUCAUUAGCCACUUCCCAGGGUGUUCUGGGAACUGUAGUUUUGUGAGACUAGGAGCUAGGAAUCCCAAAUAAAGAAUUCUCAGCAGUGGCAUGAGUUUCCUGGAAAAUUUUGAAUUGGAAAGUUUUCUGGAAAUGUCUCCUGUGCAAAUUGACCUAAUUUGCAUUGGAACAUUUUCAGUUUGCAUUGUAUUUUUUUGUGAUGCCUCUAGUGUGAUAGCAUGUUUAUUUUACUUGUAUUUAGUAAGCAAAGCUAAAAACAUUGAAACGGGGAAGCUUGCCUAGUCAUUGUGCCUGCAUUUGACAUCCAUUCAUUGGUACUAAUGAGCUUAUGAAAUGGGAAAUUUCCCACGGAAAAAUAAAGCACUGGAGGAAUUCCUGCCCUGUGUUGUGGAUUCUCACCAGUUCACAAGACGGCAUUUCCCUGUGUUCUUUGGGGGCAGUCAGAGAUUAAAGUGGCAUAAAACUGCCUAAAAUAGAUUUGACCAAAGCCAAACAUGAAUCUAGUUUGUUUUCAUGGUGCUAAAAUGACCGUACCAGAUUACGUGACAUCUACUCUCCUGCAGAAAUUGCGUUGAGGAAUCUGUGUUCUUGAUGUCCUGUGACACUUAGAUUUAUUGCAAUGAAUUACACGCUUUUUAGAAAAAACAAGUUUUGCCAUGACUGCUGAAGCCAAAGAGGCACAUUCCCAUUGCAGCCAAUAACAAGUCUUCAACAUUGCAUUACUGUUAAAUUAAACAAGCAUAUUCCAAAAGCUGUGCAAAGUGGCAUGAGUUGCGUAACGUGCUGAGUGCAGAAUCUGGGUUGGUGGUGGGGCAGGGGGCUUGGCGUUAAUACCAGUGAAGUUAAUUUCCUGCAUUGUGCAAAGUACGUCAAGUAAAAUUCUUCUUUGCCAGAGCUGGCCUUUGUUCCCCUAAUCCAGUUAUUCACACAUUACCCCUGUUCAUUGGAGCUGGAAAAGUGUUCAUUUAAGCAUCUCCCAAAGUCAACCAUGUAUGAUGCCUCGAAGCGUUUUCUGAUCCUUCUUGUGUCCUUUUUUAAAAAAAUGACCAUUUCCCCCUCACAUCUUUUCUGAUGCUGUGCUUUUCCAGGCCAAACCAUGAGAGGAUGGAACAGGUGGCCCUGGGGCCAGUGAGGCACUGUGUGUAUAAUGAUAAUGACACCCCCCCUCCAAAUUUCUUUGGCCAGGCACCAUGGCAAAUGGCCUUGGGGAGAUGUGGAACAAUGGAGGGCUUUAACUUUUGAAUUUGCUUCGGUUAGGCUCUGAAAGUUUGGCGGCCAAAAUAUUUUCAUCGCUAUUGAGGGACAGGUUCUCCCUUUCUGCAUUGGCAUCAUCUUCCUGGUCUCAUUCAACACUUCUCUUCUUACUUAAGGAUCCUAUUUCUACCCUCUUGCUGCAGCUGUAGAACAUAAGGCAGGGAUGGAGUACCUGUGGGCCCCAGAUGUGGCUGGACUCAAACUCCCGUCCUUCUUUAUCAUUGGCCACACUGAAUGGGGGGUCUAACAACAUUUGGAAGGCCCAGGUUCCCUUUCUGUGAUCUGCCCCCCACCCCCGUAGCCAAAUAUAUUGGGGGGAAUUCAAAACACUUCAAGAUGCCUCCUACAAACUUUCUUGGGACACAUAACAUAUUGCUGAAUAUUUGUAGAUGGACAGAGCAGUCUUCUAUGGAAACAGAAAGGCAGAUGUUUUCAUCAGAGAUUCACAGCUCUAGGAGCAUUAUGAAACACAAGGGCAGGGAUCAUACAAAUAGAGCACAAAAACCGCUGUACCUAAAAAAAGGGAGUAUUUGUUUUCAGUUCAGAAAAUGGCUUCAGGUGUUCCAUUAAACUCGCAGCUUCCCUGUUAGAAUAUAAGAAGCACUGUACUAAAACUAUUACCCGUGAAAGAGAACUCAAGAAUGCUCCAGUGAAGUAAUCCUGCUCUGUGAUUUGGACCAUGCCAUCCUUUCAUGUUUUGACUGGGGAUUUCUUCCACUUCUCCCUUCCUAACAGCACUAAAGAAACAUGCCAAGAAAACGGGUGCUGGAAAAAGAUGACGCUGUCAAAGUGAAGCGGACUAAAGGUGAGGUUGCGUUCCAUUUUUCAUUUAAUUUGUAUACUGCCAUUCUAUAUCGCUUUACACAAGGUGGUUUGCAAGCCAUAGAAACAACAAAAUAUAUGACACAGCCUAUGACAAUCGGAUGCAAUGCAAAUCAUGGAAGUGUAGAGUUGGAAGAGACCCCAAGGCUUAUUAGUCCAACCCCCUGCAAUGCAGGAAUUUCAACAGUGACAACCCCUGCUUCAAAAUCUCAAAGGAUGGAGAGUCCACAACCUCUCAUGGGUGUCUGUUCCACUGUCGAACAGCUCUUACCUUCAGAAAGUUCUUCCUGAUGUUUAGUCAGAAUCUCCUUUCUUGUAACUUGAAUCCAUUGAGAUCUCACCCAAUAGUUUGUUAAGCUUUUUGAAAUAAGUCCUAAUAAUAAUGAUGAUGAUGAUGAUGAUAAAUGACUAGAGGCCACUCCCCAUUUACUCAUGUUCUCUUUGUGUGCAGUGCCGGGCACCCGGAAAUGGUACCUGGAAAGGGGGAGCACCUGGUCAACCAAACAUGAGCCAGAGGGACGGUGGGGCUUGGUUGACCAGCUCACUAAGCAUCCGGUUUGCGAGGAGACCCUCCCAGGAGCUGGAAGACGGCAUCCUCUUUGGGCUCUGGGGAGGGUCUUUGCAUGAGCGGAGGGUCAGCAGGGCUUCCUCAUGUGAUGCACAGGGAAGUGGCUGAUGUUGCUGCGCUACUUCACAUGUUAGCUGUUAAGCCGGGAGGCUAAGGAGCCCCACAUAGCCCCUCUGCCCCUCUGGUUCGGGAGGAGAUCCUCACCAGAGUCUGAAGAGAACCUUUUCGGACUCUAGUAUGGGUCUGCUCCCGAGCCAGGGGGGCUCUCCAGGGUGCUUGGCAUUUUUGUGCAUUUUUGUGUAUGUGCACGGGGGCCUGGAACGUAACCCCCACAUAAAUGGGGAGUCCCCUGUCUUGGCCUGUCCAUGCCAAUCUGCUGAGAGCCUUCUCUGCCACCCUCCCACUUUGUACCCUCGGAGGCUGCUAUGGGUUGCAACAGCUGUCAUGUGCAAUUCUUGUAGCCUUCAAAGCUCACGAAAGCCUGUAACUGAUGUGGAAUAGCCAUGUUUGUUUAAGGCCCCAUCAGCACCAUGCCGUGGUAUGAUGCAGUCAUGCCUUCCCUGAAUUUCCCCAUUUCCCUUGGGAAAUGAGGUUUGCUAAGGGUGCUAUUAGUUGUCUGUUGUCCUCUAGAUGUUGGCUGCAGCUCCGGCUAUUUACCAUACUGGUUGGGGUUGGAUGGGAGUUGGAGCCCAAUGUCAGGAGGGACUACGUUGGCUAGUCUCAGAACGGUUGGGUCCUGAGCUGAGAGCUUCCGGAAUGGAUUUGGGUGGUCAUGUGAUACUUCUUCUCUUGCCCCUGCCCCAUGUAUUCCAUUUCUGACUCCUCCUCACGGUUCCUCUCCAGUCAGCCAUCAGUCGCACCAGACGGAGCCCGGACUGGUUCUGACCUUGGGGCAGGGCGACCUUGGGCAAUUGGGCCUCGGACCGGACGUCUUGGCGCGGAAGAGGCCUGCCCUCCUGCAGCUCCCCGAGAAGAUCAUCCAGGCUGAAGCGGGAGGGGUUCACACGGUGUGCCUCAGUGAAACAGGCCAAGUGAGUCUCGUCGUGCCUUCCCCACCUGCGUCGUAACCAUUUGCAUUCCUUUAGUGGUGCUUGCAAACCCCCAAAGCAUUGUAGUGGGGGAAACCUCAGGCCCAGUGGCCCAAAGAGACCCUCUAUGCCUCUGUCUGGCCCUUGUGACACUCUUUAGGCCAUGCCCCUUCCCCACACCCCUUUUUUGACCCUUCCUUGCACCCCAAGUCAUUUUGCCUGGCUGUAACUUGAUUUUGAACUCAGAAAAAUGCCAGGAUGGAGGUGUGUGUAGAAACUAGCCUCGUGGAGGGUGUGAAGCGAGACCUAGGGAAAGUGUCCGCCUGGGAACAGUCCCAAGGCCUGGAGUGAUGCAUGUGGUCCCUGGGCCUGAAUUUCCCCACCCCUGUGCCAACGAGACAGGUGGUGGUGAUGAAGACAUGGUGGCGACCUACUUGUGAGUCCUGCCCCUCCAACUGAAGACCAGCGGCUCAAGCUGCUUUGCAGAUGCAGCAGGGUUCCCUGCUUCUUGUUGAAAGUUGUUAUCCAAUUGCCACACUGUCUCAGCCCUCCAUCUGAAAUAACAGGCCCUUGGAUUUCCUCUUGUGUAGCCCUUUUUGACCACAACUGUGUUGGUAGCAAGCACCAUAGAUGGCUUUAAAAUGGGGAAGCUGCCUUAUUCUGAGCCAGGGCAUUGGUUCCUCUUGCUCAGUAUUGUCAACGCUGACUGACAGUGGCUUUCCAGGACUGCCUGGAGAUGCCGGGGAUUGAACCUGGGACUUUCUGCAUGCAAGGCUGAUGCUCUACCACUGAGCUAUGGCCCUCCCUAUAGACAGAGUCAUGGAGAAUGGCUGCUAGUCAUGGUAGCUCUGAGUUACCAGUUGCUGGCCUUUAAUCUCCUCCAUGUCGGUUUUCCAGAGACAUCUGCCACUGUGGAAAUCAGGAUUUGCCAGGACUUGAUCUUCCUUUGGUCUGGCCCAGCAAGUCGAUUUCUUGCAUUUUCUCCUGUUUUGCAGAUUUACACUUUUGGUUGCAACGACGAGGGUGCCUUGGGGAGGGACACAUCAGAGGAGGGGUCAGAUUUUUUGCCGGGACUUGUUGAUCUGAAGGAGAAGGUGGUGCAGGUUUCUGCUGGGGACAGCCACACGGCGGCAUUGACAGACGACGGGCGUGUCUUCAUCUGGGGAGCUUUCCGGGUAUGUUGCCUGCCUUGCUUUGGAGGAAUAAAGACUUAUUCAGCCCCUCUGUUCUGGAUUCCCAGCUAAACCUUUCUCUUUGUGCAUCUGCCUCUACUCAGGAUGAGAAUGGAGUCAUUGGUUUACUUGCUCCUUUGAAGGGCGGAGAGCAGUUGGAGUCUACCAGUGGCAGUGCUGUUCCUGUGGAGCUGCAGUUGGAUGUGCCAGUCGUUAAAAUUGCCUCAGGUGAGUCACAGAGGCCUGGUUUGCAUAUCACACUAAACCGUGGUUUUUUAAACAGGGAGUUGUCCUUCAGGCAGUCAAACAAACCGUGACCUGUUGCUCCAAAGUUUUUGUCUGUCAACUGUUCUUGCCCUGUGCCUUGGUCAGUGUGGUGAGAUUCAAGUUCAUAAGUUUAUUGUUCUAGCCAAAGGCCAUGACAAACUUGUAUGAGGCAAUAAUAUUAUCAAAAUAAUACAGAACAUACAUCUAUAAUAUAAAAAUUAGUUGAAUACUGUAUAUAUAUAUAUGACUGCCAAGUUCCUGAGCAAUAUAACACAAUUUCCCUUUUGCAUCUCUGACAGCUCCAAUUCUAAUAUUAUUUUGCCUUUAAAAAAUCCCUAAUUGCCUUAGGCAGAAUUUUCCUAUCUGCUUUGCAUUGACUGUUAAACCAGCUAAGUUGUGUUGAUUGUGUGUAGACUGGGGUGAGGUGGUCAAAGAAACCAUGCUUAAGGAUGAGUGCUGGGUUUGCACAUAACACAAAGCCAUAGGUAAAACAAGUCAAGGUUUGUAAGCCAACAGCAAGCCAUGACUUUAGAAGUUGGUUGGCAGUAAACAGACCAUCAUUAAGUUGCUGGGCAGGGCUCACACAUAACACUAAGGCAUAGUUAUAUAAGCCCUGGUUUUGUGUUGUGUGUGAACCAGGCCAGUUAGUGAUGCACAGCAACCAUUUCCCCCUAUGCAAACUGGUGUGUUGACUUUCCAGUGUCGAAUUUUUACUUCCUGUAAAGCCCAAACCUCCUGUAUAGAAGAAGAAGAAGAGUUUGGAUUUGAUAUCCCGCCUUUCACUCCCUUUAAGGAGUCUCAAAGCGGCUAACAUUCUCCUUUCCCUUCCUCCCCCACAACAAACACUCUGUGAGGUGAGUGGGGCUGAGAGACUUCAAAGAAGUGUGACUGGCCCAAGGUCACCCAGCAGCUGCAUGUGGAGGAGCGGAGACGCGAACCCGGUUCCCCAGAUUAGGAGACUACCGCUCUUAACCACUACACCACACUGGCUCUCAUAGCAGGCUUACAAACCUUGACUUGUUUUACCUAUGGCUUUGUGUUAUAUGCAUAGGAGACUGAAGCGGUUAUCUCAAGUUGAUAGCUUUGGGUGGUAGUAAAGAGGACAUUUUCCUUGUUCUCCUGUGUUCCUCCUUGACGUAAUUUCCUGUGCGGUCUCCCAUAGGUGGGAUGUCAGGUAGCUAAUGCAACCGCAGAAGAAUGUCCCAAUCUGGCUGUUUUUCAGUCUCCCACCCAAGCCAUCAAAACCAUGCUUUGGAAACCUAAUUGCUUGGUGUGGGAGUAAAAAAUGGGGUAGUUUUAUGCCUCUGCUUUCGCUUCUCAGGGAGCCAUCACUUGGCAUUAGUGUCCAUGGCUGGAGGACUUUACACCUGUGGUUGCGGAGACAACGGCCAACUGGGGCGAGUCCCCCAAGUCUUCACUGCCAGAGGAGGAAGAAAAGGAUUGGGUGAGUUUAUUGGCAUUAGAUUCAUUCUGUUGCUUUGGAGUGGUCUGAGGGUGGUGGUGACCAGUGGUAAGGGUUUUCUGGAAAAUCUUGACUCAGGAAAACUUUAUAGAUUCCAUCCUGUUUGGGGGGAAAAUCUAUGCAAUUUAGAGUAAAAAUAGAAUUGGGAAAACGCCCUGUCGCUCCCCCCCCCUCGAAAUUUUCCUCUGAGAAUUUGCAUUGGGAAAAUUUCUGAUGCCCUAGAGUAGGGAUUAUCAACAUGGUGCCCUCCAGAUUUUCCUGGACUCCAACUCCUGUCAUCCAUGACCAUUGGACAAACUGGCUGGAACUGAUGGAAGUUGGAGUCCAACAUUCUCUGUAGGGCACUAGCCUGGCUGCCUCUGCUCUAGAGAGUGAUCUAGUUUCGCACAUGCAUUUCACUUGUAUUUUGGAACUCAAGCAAAACAGUUUGACAGUGCCAAGCUUGCCCAAUAAUACUGCAUUUGCAUUUUGAAUCUGUUCAUAGUUGUGAAUGAAGACAUGGAAAAACAAGGCGCUGGGACAUUACUUGCCCCGCGUCACUGGUGAUGAUGGAGAGGGGGGCAUGUUGAGAGCGGAUUGGGGCAGUGAGAGAGAGUGUUGAAGUAAUAGUCAUUAACUCUCAGCCAAAAGCUGAGUCCAGCUGGUGAGGAGUCGUCUCCCCCUCUCUCACAAUCUCCCCUCCCCCAGUCUCCUAGAAUCAGAAGAGGCGUGAAGAGGGUGGAGAAGUUGGCUUCACACAGGCACAGUCUCAGGAGGGGACUUAGGCAGCUGGGGGAAGGCAGGGGACCUUCAGUCUCAGCAACUGCUUCAUGUGGGCAAGACCUGCCGGAGAUAAGUUGCUGUGCUCAUUUGGCCUGACACUCCUGUUUUUGCCAGUAAAGAGUUACUGUAUUUUUCCAUGUAUAAGACGCCCCCAUGUAUAAGACAACCCCUAUUUUUAAAAACCAAAAUUAAGAAAUCAAGUUGUUUAGCUUUUUUGGGGGGUGGGGGAGCUCGCCAAUCGCUCACCCGCCUGCGCGACACUGCCGAUCGCUUGCCACAGCCACUGCCGAUCGCACACCUCGCUGCAGCCGCCAAUUGUCUGCCCGCUCGCUGCCACCAACAGGCCACCCGGCCACUUGCCGCAGCUGCCAAUCACCUCCCCAGUCGCCGCUGCCAAUCUCCUGCUUGCUGCUGCCAUUAAUCGCACGUCCCCCCCCUCGGCAUUCACUAUCCAUGUAUAAGACGACACCCAAUUUUUGCCUUUUUUUUUUUUUAAGCAAAAGGCAUAGUCUUAUACACACAAAAAAUACGGUAACUCCAACUUACUCGAUGUCAUUUACUGCUGUCAUGCUCCUGUCACAGGCUUGGCAAGAGUCUUUGGGGGCCAAGGUAGAGAGCUUUGGUCUUCUUCCCUGCCCCAGUUUCCCCACACCUGCUUUAAAGGGAGGAGGACCCAGGCAGGAGACCUUUGAGAUUUCCCAUAAAGGAGCCUACAUUAUAUUCCAGAAGGAAGGCUUGGCUACCCAGGGCAUCUUUGUGCUGGAUGGCUUCUUCCUUCCCUCUACCAACCCCCCCAACCCCCCACCCAAAUCCUCCUAAGCAUUCCUCCUCCUGCCACUUCUCUUCCAGAACGGCUGCUGCUCCCACAAGCUGUCGCUAUCAAGCAGAGAGGCUGCAAGACCAAGGGGCAGAUCCGGGACGUCUUCUGCGGUUCUUACUCCACCAUCGCCAUCACCCAGGAGGGCCAUGUCAUUGGGUUCGGCCUCUCCAAUUACUACCAGCUGGGUGAGUUGGCCACCUCACCCACGCUGCCGUCCAGGCUCAGAAGGAGCCAAGUGGACUUGGUGGGAGGGGGAGCUAUUUCUCGAGGGUCUUCCAAAAUGUGCCAAAUUCAUGGGAGGGAAGGUGGGGUCGGCUUACACUACCUUGCAUGUCAGCUGUUAAGUUGGGUCGGCUUGGUUGCCCCUCUUUUGCCAAGGGAAAAGGGAGCUGCUCCCAGCACAUGGACUGCACCACAGAGUAAGAACAUGCAUCAACCUUUCCCACAAUCAGUAUCCUAAAUGGCAGAUGCGGCGAUGGCUGGUGCCCCUUGGGUAGGAAACUGGGUGACCAGCACACAGCUGGUGGAGGUCAAUGGCGCCCUGUCCUGUGUGCCUUAAUGGAUCAGCCUCCGCUGCGUAGAUCUGUAUCCUGCAGGCCCUGUAGGGCUUUCCCCUUCUUCCUGUACUGUUUGGCCAUUGCAGCAAACGGGGGUUAUGUUCCGUGGAUAGCGUUUAAAGCCAAAUUUUGUAUAGUCAAAACACAUUGGGUGCAAUGGCGGAUAUGGAUUGCCAAGCCUAUUUCCCCUGGAUGCCUGCCCCCUUUUUAAUUAAAAAAAGAUCAAAUGCUUGCCUUUUUGGCCCUUACGGAAUGUGUCUGGAUAGAUUUUGUUGAUUUGAUUUAUCUUUACAUUUUUAUUUAUCUUUACAAUCCGCCCUCAUGAUUUUAAAACAGUUUUCUCUUCUCUACAUUUAAAGAAAAUUCACGUGCAGAUUUCCAUUGCUUUUCCCAGAUAUCCAGUGAGUGGGACUUUCCCCCUUUCUGUUGGGCCCAUUUCACAAAAUAAUCGUUCAUUUGCUACAGUUCAGUUUCCUAUUUGACCAAAAGUGAAUAGAUUUUUGCUCUGGGGUUUCUGCCCUGAAACUUGCUUUUAACUUCUGAGUAUGAAGUAACCAAUCCCUUAGUUACAAGAUCUUGAACCCUGAUUAGAUUCUUCUUCCACAUUUGGAAACCCAUCCUCCCCCCCUUUUAAUCCUGUGUAAAGGUUUAAAAAUGAUUCCAGAAUAGAUGGACUUGGGCCCAAGGCGCAAUAUUGAUUUUCAAAGGGUUUUUCUCUUCCUGCUGGGCUGGAGACGGGUCUGUCCUCCUUCAGCCUCAGCAAAAAGAGAGACUUCAAAAGCGUCCAUGUGUGCUGCUGCUAUAGCCCUUGGGGACAAAAGGUUGCCCACACCAGUCUCAGAUCAUUCUAGUCUAACUUGGUGGCAACCUCUGUAAGCUUGGGGCUAAGACUAUGUCGAGAUGCGUUGAGAUUUAAACCUCCAAGAUGCCAGGUUGAAUUCUUCAAGUCCUCUUUCUCUCCCAUAACUAUACAGUACACAUUAUUAACUGGCUUGGGUUUUCUUGCUUAUCUCCCAGGAUCACAAGGAAUUGACACCUACUAUUCGCCAAAGGUUCUGACGGCGUUCAAGAACUCCACCAGAUCCUGGGUUGGGUUCUCAGCUGGGCAGCAUCACACUGUGUGUCUGGACUCGGAAGGUGAGCGGCUGCUCUUUGAUGGGCUGGAGGAGAGGAACAUAAUACGGGCAUGGGGAAAUUAUGGCCCUCCAGAAGGUGUUGGACUACAGCACCCAUCAUCCCUGGUCACGCUGGCAGGGGAUCAUGGGAGUUGUAGUCCAACAACAUCGGGAGGGCUGCAGGCUCCAUGACUUCAAAGGAGCGGAUGCAACGGUACCAAGGAACAUAAAUGCCUUAUACCAAGCGAGACUGUGGGUCCUAGCUCAGCAGUGUUUACACUGACUGGCAGUAGCUCUCCGGAGGUUUCAGGUAAGCGAGUCUCUCCCAGCCCUUCCUGGAAAUGAACCUGGGACCUUCUGCAUGCAUAGCAGUUGCUCUGCCACUGAGCCAUGGCCCCAGGGCUGCUUUAGAUGAUUUGGUGAAAUCGGGGUUGGAUUUCUCAGUACAGGACUCUUUAAAUGCUGUAAUUCCCCCCUCAGUCAGAAAUAUAUUCAUUUAAGGCUUUCAAACCAUCCACACUCAACACAGUCGAGUGGAAAGUAGUGUGCAUGCAACGGCGAAGGAUCUUUUCCUGUUGCAAUACAAUGAUAGCCAAGCAACACAAUCCACAGGUUAAUUCACAUCCGGGCAGCCCCUUCCACAUUGUCAUAUGGUGCAGCGCAGAUAGGUGAGGAUCUGUGUGCAACUACAGUAGUACCUCGGGUUACAGAUGCUUCAGGUUACAGACGCUUCAGGUUACAGACUCCGCUAACCCAGAAAUAGUGCUUCAGGUUAAGAACUUUGCUUCAGGAUGAGAACAGAAAUUGUGCUCCGGCGGCGUGGCAGCUGCUGGAGGCCCCAUUAGCUAAAGUGGUGCUUCAGGUUAAGAACAGUUUCAGGUUAAGAACGGACCUCCAGAACGAAUUAAGUUUUUAACCCAAGGUACCACUGUAUUCAUGGAAUGUAUGAAAGGGAACCAGGCCUUAUCACGCCUGUCGGGUUAAGCAACCUCUCUCCAGUGACAAAAUUGUAGAGUUGGAAGGGACACCAUGGGACAUCCAACCCCCUGCAAUGCAGGAAUCUCAACUGAGAGCACCCGUGACAGGUCGCCAUCCAACUUCUGCUUAAAAACCUCCAAGGAAGGAGUGACCACCACCUCCUGAGGGAGACCGUUGAACAGCUCUUCAGAUGUUCAGAGAAGGCUGUGGCCCAAACUGCCUUCAUCCUCAAACAGUCUGGGUGAUGGUCGGUCCCUCGUUGAUCCUAAACCUGCCCUGUGGCGCUCUUCACUGAAUCUCUCUUAACAGAGUGACGUCUCUUCUCCCACCUUCCGCAGGAACCGUGUGCAGCCUGGGCAGGGCAGACUACGGCAUGUUGGGCCUGGGAGAGGGAGCGUCGGACAAGAACGCCCCCACGGCUGUCCCUGGGCUGCCAAAAGCGUCAUCGGUCGCCUGUGGGGAACGGGUUGGCUUUGCGGUUACGGAAGAUGGUGAGUCUGUGCCACGUGCUGGGUUGGUAGGUGCCGAAUCUGUGGCGCUGCGGGGAAUGAAGCUCUGGAGAGAGUGGCUACUAGUCUGUAGUAACUUGAAUAUACAGGUGGAGAGCAUUCAGCUAUGUUUUACUUAGGGUAGACCCAUUGAAAUGACUUUGUGUCUUGUGGGGCAGGGGGAUCCAAUGGCAGGAUGAGCAGCUUAGGAUGCAGCGGUUCAGCUGAUCUUAAGCCCCCAACGCUGGCAUCGCUUUCUCAUUCUGGCUCAACCGGGAUUCAGGUAGCCGGCUGAGGCUGGUGGAGGCUCCCCAAAAAGGGCAUUUUGGAUGUUCGGCAGAGGUGGGACCAGAGAGGGGGGUGCUUAGGCUGGAUCCCACAGGUCCCGUCAGCCUGGCCUAGAACACUUUGGAAGCCUUGUGUUCCCUCUGCCAGGCUGAGGCAGAACAGCAGCCGUCGCAUUGUUUAAACAGGGUUUUGAUCUGGCCUAAAGUUAAUUACGCCAGCUUCUUGCUCGUAGGUUUGCCCCAGCUUCCACAAGACAUAUAAAAAUAUAAUAAAAUGUCAAACAUUAAAAACUUCCUGAUACAGGGGUGCCUUCAGGCGUCUUCUAAAAGUUGUGUAGCUGUUGGGUGUGGGAAGGAAAACAGGGAAAAGAGAGAAUGGAAUGGAGGUGUCUCGAACCCUGAACAGGGAGCAUACCACGCUGCAACAUUUUGUUGUAGCUCUCGGUUCUCUGAGAGAAAUUUGAAAAGGUUUCUGCAGUCAGCAUGGAAAGAUUUGGAACUCUUCCCCCUCCGCUCGUAAAACUAUACAAUGGAUUCAUGUAUUCAGAAAAUUCGUGAAAAUGGGAAUGUAGGAAGUUGCUAUUUAUUAGUCCAUCUAGCUCUGUAUUGAUAUCCAAGGCUUUUGUCAGGGAUGCUGAGAUGCCACAGAUUGUCCCUUGAAUAUUCUGCAGGCAACACAUGUGCUGAAGAAUCGCAGAAUUGUAGAGUUGGAAGGGACCCCGAGGGUCAUCUAGUCCAACCCCCUGCAAUGCAGGAAUCACAGCUAAAGCUGAGACCCAGCUAAAGGAAUCUCAGUUAAAGACUUGCAGGCCUUCCUGACUGGGAUCCUUGGUGAUGGAGCCUUUGAGCCCCUAAGUUGCUCAGGUCUCAACAGUCUGCACUCAUGAGGUCUAGAAACUUAAACUGAAUAUUGCACCUCUCCAUACUGUGAAUAUGAAUGUGAAUAUGACCUUGCUUGGAAAAUCAAUACAACCCAGGUGGUUAAGAAAACCCAACAGAGACUCCAUCUCCUCAGAGUAUUGCAACAUUUGAUGAUCUCCUUCUACUUUCAUACUGCAUCACGGUGUGGUACGCUGGUUUGACAUCAACUGAUAGGACGUGCCUACAGAGGGUGGUGAAUACAGCACAAGAUAUUAUGGGCUGCCUUGUGAAUCCGCUGGGUGAAAUAGCGGAAGAACGUUGCCUCAGGAGAGUGAGGAAAAUUCUCAGGGAUGAUUCACACCCUGGCCAGCACUUUCUUGAUCUCCUGCCCUCAGGAAGAAGAUAUAGAAGCAUGAUUAGUCGCACCAACAGGGUAAAGAACAGCUUCUAUCCGUGGGCUGUUAGGCUGCUGAAUGAAAAGAUAAAAACAGGGCAACUGACUUUCGGGUUUGGUGGGUGUGCGUCAGUAAACGAGGGGAAUUAAGACUAAGAGAGCUGAGUAGGGGUUACUCGUGUAAUCUCACUGUAUACAAGUUGCACAAGUGACAAUAAAGUAUUGCAAUUUCAAUAAUAUGCAAUGGUUAUGUGAGAAGCCCUGGCAUGCAUUGCCCAGCCAGCUUCGAGCACAACUGCUUCGGGCUCUUUUUCACUGUCCUACUUUCCCUGUCCUCUGUAGGCCGAGCAUUUGCCUGGGGCAUGGGGUCUAACCUCCAGCUUGCCACUGGGGACGAAGAGGAUGCCUGGAGCCCCGUUCAGAUGUCUGGCCAGCAGCUGGAGAAUCGCAGCGUUCUCUCGGUGACCGGCGGAGGGCAGCACACCGUCCUCCUCGUCAAGGAGCGGCAGAGUUGACAAACUGUUCCUGCAGCCCCGGAGAGAACCAUCCAGGGGGCAGCACUUUCCUGAGUCUUGGGGAACGGGGCUCCUGCGGAAAACUUUCUGAUAUUUCUCUAGGGAGAAAAAUUAGCCAAUAUAAAAUAAUUCCCUUAAGAUGUUGGUAUUUGUUUAAAAAAUGGCUUCCCUCACUGCUCUCAAAGCUAUUGAUAGUCAGGACAAGGUCUUAUUUAAAAAAAUAAAAAAAAUAAACAAGACAAGGGAUAGCAUUUGGCUUUGGAAACACAUGGUGCUUUUGUUCCCUCUCCGCUAUCUGAUUUGCCCUGCUUCUGAAAUCUGCACAAGUUGUCCUGGUUUCGCCAUCAACCCCGGGGCUUUCAUCUCCUAGACUCUUCCCUUGCCUGCCCCUGCCCCCUCAGUUUUUAAUGGCUCACCUCAAAAGUCACAAUUUCUCAGUUUUGGCAUUCAGUCCCUCUUUGGUCCUGGGAGAUGGAUUAACUUGUACACCCAUCGAAGGCAGCCUUACCAAACCUGGUGCCCUCUGAAAGCUAUGGACUCUAGCUCCCAUCAGCCCCAAACCAGUGUGGUCAGGGAUGAUGGGAGUUGUAGUCUAGGGACACCUGGCAGGUACCAGUUUGGAGAAUGUUGUUUUUAAGGGGAGGACUGCCUUCUCUUUAAUCUAGGUGUAGUUUCAAGCUUCUGCCGCCACCUUCCUGGCUGAGACAAAGCGGGCAGUUAGAAGCAGAGAUGGUUCUUGAGGGUGACCCUGGUCCCUUAUUUAUACACAUGGACGUCUUAAAGAGUUCUCUGGCAGCUGCGAACUCUGCUGCGAAGUGACUCCGGAGCACAGGGACGGGGAAUGUGUAGCCCUCCCAAUGUGGUUGGAUUCCCAGCUCCUAUCAGCCCCAGCUGACAUGGCCAACAGUCAGGGAUGAUGGGAGUUGUAGUCCAACAUCUGCAGGGUCAGAGGUUAGCCAUGCCUGCCACAGCCCCAAAGGACCAUUGCCUGUCCUUUCAAGAGCUCCAGAGUCUUUGAGUGCAGCUUCUCCCAUCUGGGUGGCUGUGUGACGGUUCAGGGAAGUUGCCCUUGCUCAAAUGUUUUCCCUAAUUCAGAAUUCUUUAGGUAGAGGCAUCGGUUCUAUUAUUUUGGAUAUAUCCCGUAGACGGCUGCCUUUUUAAAGCUGUGUCUGUAAUCCUGGGAGGUUGCAAGGUACCCGUAUUUAGUUUCUACCUGCAUCAGCCACAGAAAGCCUGUAUCGCUCCAGGUGCUAGACUCCAACUCCCAUCAGCCCCAGCCUGUAUGGCCAACAGCCAGGGAUGAUGGGAGUUGGAGUCCAACAACAUUGGAGGGCCACACCCUGUGCUGAGUGUUGGCUCUGUGGGGCAGAUACAGGCUUUGGUAAAGCCGGUGGAGGAAAAAUAGCCGAAUUGUACCGACGCACAGAUCGUGUGCGGUAAUCCAACUAGGAUAGAAACUUUGUGUGUCAAUCUCUUCUGCCCACUUUCUUGCUCUUGUCUCCUUCAACCAUGCUUUGAAGAUCUUGCCAGCCCUACAAUGGGCUGUGUUUGGGAAAAUGCCGAGUUGUUGGCAAUAUUUGGGCGCCCUGAGUAUUUUUAUUUUGUUUUUAUUUUGUUUUUAGGAAGCAAGGGAAGCAAAAAGUGAUUUUUAUUUUUUUGCAGGAGAGAUGUGAAUCUGUAAAAAUUCUAACAUUUGAAAUAAAUUGAGUUUUGAUAACUCUUGAGUGUG